AUGGUGCCAGUGUGGGAUGAUGAUGAUUUAUUGGAAGAAUACAAGAAAUCAUUUGCUGAUAGUAAAUCCGAUGAUGAAUUGAGUGAUUGGUCGGAAGGGGAUGAAGAGGAAAAUCAAUUCAUGGAAAUGAAAAAUCAAAAUGAAAAACAACCAUUCCCGAUCAUUGAGGAUUCAUUCAUACCAAAGAACGGAUUGUCGAAUAAUAUUUCGGGUUUAUUUGGAACAUUGGAGGAAAAUGAUGGAGAAAAGUUACAGGACAAUGAUGACACGAAAUUCAAUGAUGAAUGGCUUUUGGCUCAGGCAAUGAUCACCCACCAACAGAAUGUAUCAAUAAUUUUCAUCAAUCAGUGCCCAUAG